CAAAGCGGUGUUCGCUCAUCAGUUUCACUCUAGCUACCUAGUAGCGUUCGCGUUGUUCACAGUGGCGCAGUCAAUCGAGUCCAGUCAGUCAGUAGGUAGUAGUAAAUAAAUAACAAGCUUGGCUGGUUGCUCGCGAACCAGGAAAAUCACUAAUGAAACGUAGUUAGUUGUUGAGUAGUGGUUUAUUAUUAGGGUUUCUCCGUUUUAUUAUACCUACGCGUUCAGGGUCCGAAAACGGACGGAUCCAUCACGUCACAAAGAUUCGUGAUAAAUAGUGAAAAAUAUUGUGGACGAGUCGUGUGUGGAAACGUUACCCUGUUUGUCUUCGAGGGUGGAAGCUGCUCCGUGAAAGUGAAACAUCUCAACCAUCAAGCUUGAAGCACAAGCCAGGAGGAGCGUAAUAAAUUUGCGCAGUUUCAUCAUCCUCGCCCGAAGCGCGACUGCGGACCACUACCACUCGGUGUAACCCAAUGGCCAUCAGUCUGAUGUCGGACGAAGGGGCUCCGGAAAAUUUCCACCUAUCCUUCACCAACGACGAUGACGAUUCGAACCUGAGCGCUAGCGCUAUGCGCUGUCCCCUGUGCAACUACUCGCGGCGUCAGUUCCACUGCAAAUCGUGCAUCCGCAAGGGGGAUUUCAUCCACUCGACGCAUCACAUACUGGAGAGAUUCUCCGAAAAGCAACUCCGUCACAUGAACCUAAAGUCCGCCCAUGCCGUCCUGGAGUGCAAAUGCGUAAAACUGCUGGAACGCCGGAGGCUCAGCUGUCAGCUGCGGGCGGACAUCAAACAACGCACGGAAAACAUCGGCACCAUCCGGAAGCUGAUGGCUCAGAAGCGUGACAACGUGACCCGCCUGCAAGCGCUCAAGAAAGAACUGCACGAAUCGAACCGAUUGCUGCGGAUGAAGUUACCCCGUUGCGACGACAAGGUCAAAAUGAUUGGCGACUAUGUGCUCUCCAAGUUGGAACAAAGCGAACGACGCCGGGCCAGUUUGAACGAGCUACAGGACAAACUGAAGCAGCUACGGAGGAGCAAUAUCGAAAAGUUGAUUCGAUACAUAUUCCCCAUUUCGCAGGCCAUAAGCAACAAGAGUAGUUUCUCCAGCAGCGAUGGCGAAAGUAAGCAUACGAUCAGUGAAAUCUCGGAUGCCACCAGGACGGCAUACGUUCGAGGGAAAUGGGUCCUGCAGGACAGCUUCGGAGAAAUCCAGCACAUCAUAGUGGCUCCUGCUCUGCCAGGAAAUGGGAACUAUUCGGCGUACAACGACUGGGCCACGGUAAACCCGGCCACGGAUGUCAGUUCCACCGGAAGAAGCGAAGACUCCGUUCGGAACAUAGCCAGCCGAAAUCCUGCUCACACAAUCGCUGCGGCACUGACCUACACUGCCCAGCUAGUGCAAAUCAUCUACUACUACCUGGACAUCCGUCUGCCGUACAAAGUGUCCUACAGCGAUUUCUGCACAACCGCUCUCUCGGAGGCACAAUUCAACCGGAAGGUCGCCCGGCUGAACGCCAACAUUCUGUAUCUCUGCUACACGCAAGGCUGUCGCUUGAACGAGCUGCGACCAACCCAUACGCUUGAGAACAUGCAAAGGCUGAUGAACUCUCCCCAGGUGGAUCUGGGCCGCUUCGGUCCGAUGGACCGAAAUUUCUGUCUCAAUGAAAUGGCAGAUUCUGCGUUGACGCAGCAUCUGGGCAUCGGGGAGGACUCCGAUUCCGAUGACGAAUCCAACAUCCACCAGGAGUGGGAAGCGGUUCCGAGUAAUCUGCCGGCGCCCCCGGUGGAAGCCAACAUUCUACUGCUGGCCGGGACAACGGCCUACGGCAAUACUCAUCAGCAUCAUCAUCAUCAUUACCAGACGCAGCAGCAGCAGCACCAUCACCAACCAACGACGGCUAGUUUGAUGACGAGUGCGGUCGCUUCGGUGACGUCCUUCUGGAAGGGAUGGACCGGUGGGAAGUAAACGCGGGGAGGAUGAUUCCGUUCCACCGGAUCGGAAUACGGAUGAGAUACGGCGACUAAAAGCAAGGAAGCUUACGGAAACGAAUGCUAGAGUGAUUUUGUUCGUUACAAUUUUAUCCGCCAUUAACUGAACACAUAUUUUAUUUUUGUAUAUCGCAUAGACUAAUAAAUUUGCAUUAUUUGCAUUUUCGGAAGCUA